GAAGUGGGAUUAGCUGGGUGGGAAUGUGAGGCUAGACGAGGCUGUGAAAACACGUGGACCUACUCCGACUUCAAACAAUUAUUGUUUUUUAGAGGUAUUUUGAGAAAACACUGGCUAUUUCGAGAUUUAGGGAGCAACAAUGGUGGUAUUCACCUGCAACAAUUGCGGAGACUCUCUGCAGAAACCCAAAGUCGCUAAACAUUAUCAGUUCCAAUGCCGGAAUGGGGUUUCGUUGACUUGUGUGGAUUGUUUCAAAGAUUUUAUUGGUGACGAAUACGUAGCCCACACAAAGUGCAUAACCGAAGCUGAAAGAUACGGAGGAAAAGAUUACAAAGCAAAGCCAUCAGCGAACAAAGGUGAACGCAAGCAGCAAGAAUGGAUAAACGUAGUCCAGAAUGUCCUAACAAACUCCACGAAUUUAUCACGAGAAGAGAGAUCAUUCCUGCAGUCCAUAUCACGACACCAGAACAUUCCAAGGAAGAAAGCAAAGUUUCUGAAUUUCGUGAAGAACGCUGUGGGCUACAGACUCAACAUGAGUGUCGUUGACAGCUGCUGGGGGAAGAUGGAGAGUGCCUUCAAGGAAGCAACAGAGAGCAAACCUGAGGCACCAAAAGCUGCUGAAAAAACUGAAGAAAUCGUCCCCGAGAAGGCAGAUCAUCAGGAAACUCACGUAGUGGAGAAUGAGAAUAACGAAAAUAUAUGUCGAGAGAAUGGAGACUCGUCAACGGGGAAAGAAAACACUUCAGAGAACGGGAAUGAUGGGCUGGCGAAUGGGAAGAAGAAGAGGAAAGCCAAGAAACGUCAGUUGGAGGGAGAAGAUUGUUCUGAGGGUCAAAAUGGUGAGCCCUCUCCCAAGAAGAGGACCUCAGAUGCUGCACCAGCCCCUGAGGAACCACCGGCAGCUUCUGAGACUGCGAAAUUCAGUUGGAAAUCGAGUAUUCUUGAAAUUCUUGGGGACAAAGACGACAUUUCCCUCAAGAAGUUGAGGAAAAAAGUCGUGGAGAGGUACCUGAGUCACGUUGGUGAUGCUGUCACUCGAGAGAAGGUCAUCUCCAGGUUCGAGAAGAAACUGAAAAAAAUAUCUGAACUGCAAUCAGUCGAUGAUAGAGUCAAACGUGUAUAAAAGCCAAUUGCAAACCUUUUUUUUGUAAAAAAUAAAAUGAUGUUAAAACCUG